CCAGAAAUAGUGAAGGGAAAAAGAGUGUUGGACCUAGGAAGUGGAUGUGGAGCAACGGCUAUAGCUGCGGCUAAGUGUGGUGCAAAAUCUGUUACUGCUAACGACAUAGAUCCUCGUCACCAUGAACAAACCUAGGAGAAAAUGGCGGAAAAUCCUCUACGGGAACGAAGGUUACCCGGACAACUACACCGAUGUAUCGUUCCUGGACGAAAUGAAGAAGAACAUCAACAUGCAUCAAGUGACACUAAAAGAAGCUAUUUUGGGAGCUGGAUUGGUCACACAAGAGUUCUGCCUCGUCGUUCUGUUCAUUGUUAUCUUCAUGUACCUUCACAACGGCUGGUUGCCUCUAGAACUCAUUCUGGCUCAAACAGGAGUAGUUUCGUUGUUCUGCUACGUGAUCUGUAUCUACAAUGAAUCUGGAAGAUUACGCCACGUGCGAACUGUCCUAGUCUUUUUCAUUUUCGGUUACAUUUUAUCUCCUGUGUUGAAAACACUGACUGAAUCAAUCAGUACAGACACGAUUUACGCUACCACAGUUUUCAUGAUGUCUGUUCACCUAAUUUUUUUCGACUACGGUGUCAAAGCUCUGAUAGUUUCGAGUUCUUUAUCGCUAAAUUCUGCUAUUUUUGGUGCCAUUUGUCUCUCUUCUCGGCUACCGAGUUCAUUCCACGUGUUUAUUUUGUUGUGUUUAACAGUCGAGUGUUUUGUGAUGCUACCGCUUGUCUUAGCGAAAGUAGAAGGUUCGUUUGGAACAUUGUUUACCCUUACUUGUCUGACCGUUUACUCUCUAUGGACGGUUUCGUUUACGAUGACUGUCUUAUUUGUUCUCGUUGUGUUGUUUAUCAACGUGCUUUGCCCUGUUUGGUUCCUCAAGUGGUAUAGAUACAAGGAGAAUAUUUAUGGACCUUGGGACGAAGCUGUUGUCGUGCCUUUAGCUUCUUCUGAAAGUUGAAAAUGGACUUGAAUGAACUUCAGUGUUUAGUGAGGUAAAAACAGUAUUAUCAAAUUUAAAAUGUACAGUGAAGUACAACAAUUAUGGUAAAGCACGGUUGUACGGUAAAGUACUGUAAAAUAGUAUCUAUGUUUUGAAUUCAGUUCUUUGAUUUAUAUUUUGAUGUUGUUUUUCUGUUUCUGUGUUCGCCAAUUAUGUCACACCAUUAGUUUAAAGUAAAGAUU